GCCACCAUGACCGCCAACGGCACAGCCGAGGCGGUGCAGAUCCAGUUCGGCCUCAUCAACUGCGGCAACAAGUACCUGACGGCUGAGGCGUUCGGGUUCAAGGUGAACGCGUCUGCCAGCAGCCUGAAGAAGAAGCAGAUCUGGACGCUGGAGCAGCCCCCCGACGAGGCGGGCAGCGCGGCCGUGUUCUGCCGCUUCCUCAUCGUCGCGCAUGACGACGGCCGCUGGUCGCUGCAGUCCGAGGCGCACAGGCGCUACUUCGGCGGCACUGAGGACCGCCUAUCGUGCUUCGCGCAGACGGUGUCCCCCGCCGAGAAGUGGAGCGUGCACAUCGCCAUGCACCCGCAGGUCAACAUCUACAGCGUCACCCCUAAGCGCUACGCGCACCUGAGCGCGCGGCCGGCUGACGAGAUCGCGGUGGACCGCGACGUGCCCUGGGGCGUCGACUCGCUCAUCACCCUCGCCUUCCAGGACCAGCGCUACAGCGUGCAGACCGCCGACCACCGCUUCCUGCGCCACGACGGGCGCUUGGUGGCGCGCCCCGAGCAGGCUACUGGCUACAUGCUGGAGUUCCGCUCCGGCAAGGUGGCCUUCCGCGACUGCGAGGGCCGUUACCUGGCGCCGUCGAGGCCCAGCGGCACGCUCAAGGCGGGCCAGGCCACCAAGGUGGGCAAGGACGAGCUCUUUGCCCUGGAGCAGAGCUGCGUCCAGGUGGUGCUGCAGGCGGCCAACGAGAGGAACGUGUCCACGCGCCAGGGUAUGGACCUGUCUGCCAAUCAGGACGAGGAGACCGACCAGGAGACCUUCCAGCUGGAGACUGACCGCGACACCAAAAAGUGUGCCUUCCGUACCCACACGGGCAAGUACUGGACGCUGACAGCCACCGGGGACGUGCAGUCCACCGCCUCCACCAAGAAUGCCAGCUGCUACUUCGACAUCGAGUGGCGUGACCGGCGCAUCACACUGCGGGCGUCCAAUGGCAAGUUUGUGACCUCCAAGAAGAAUGGGCAGCUGGCCGCCUCGGUGGAGACAGCAGGGGACUCAGAGCUCUUCCUCAUGAAGCUCAUCAACCGCCCCAUCAUCGUGUUCCGCGGGGAGCACGGCUUCAUCGGCUGCCGCAAGGUCACGGGCACCCGAGCCAACCGCUCCAGCUAUGACGUCUUCCAGCUGGAAUUCAACGAUGGCGCCUGCAACAUCAAAGACUCCACAGGCAAAUACUGGACGGUGGGUAGUGACUCCGCGGUCACCAGCAGCGGCGACGCUCCUGUGGACUUCUUCGAGUUCUGCGACUACAACAAGGUGGCCAUCAAGGUGGGUGGGCGCUACCUGAAGGGCGACCAUGCAGGGGUCCUGAAGGCCUCGGCAGAGACCGUGGACCCCGCCUCGCUCUGGGAGUACUAG